ACAUGCAAAACAAAGACAGACACACACAUACACAGUUAACACACUCCUCAUAAACACCCAUACUGUUCUGCUACAGUUGUCUCAGUUGGUAGAUCCACAAAGACCAAGGGGCUCGGGAAUGCAGAGACAGCUAGAGAUCGCUGCACAGGGUCUCGGAAUGACAGGCUGGAUCUGUGCCAUCCUCACCCGCUGUCUGUCCCUGUGGAGAGUGAGUGGCACCCUGGAUAACACCACAGCCACGCUGCCCGCCUAUUGGGAUGGGGUGUGGCUAGAAUGGGACCACUGGGAUCUACAGCAUGAUGGCAGCCUGCACUGCUCCUUUUACCAGUCUCUCAUGUCUCUUUCUGGAAGCUUCCGCACUUGGAGAGCCCUUAUCAUGGCGGCGAUUGGAGCUGGGGCUUUUGCUGUUGUCAUGGGAUUGGUUGGAGCGGUCUGGUUCCCCAAAAGAGCCCAGGUGAAGGUAGUAUCUGGUGGGGUCUUUGUUCUUGCUGGUAUACUGCUGAUGAUUCCUUUAGCCUGGACAUGUCAUCAUACAAGUCAACCACUGGAGGGAGUUGUGGCUCUACAGAGGGACUGGGGCGCUGCUCUGUACUUGGGGUGGAUCUCUUCUGCUCUACUGGUAACAGGAGGAGGGUUUCUUAUUACCAGAUGCCCCACAUAUGAACCACAGGCUGAAGGGGAGAGAGAGCAGGAAGUCCAGUCUCCUCUUUAUACAAUUCACCGAACUGCUUUCACACACAGCCAGUAUGAGAUCACUGCCCAUAACUAUCUUUAUGACAAUAACUGAAGUUUACUAUUGAUAUCAUAUAUCGAUAUGUCCAUUACUGUGGUGUGAAUGAUUGCAUUGUAAAAUACCAACUAGCACUUGAGAUGUGUGUAUAGUGGGUGUGUGUGAGGAUUUUGGGGUACACGUUCAGCUUAAUGGGAUAUACAUUAUUUUAGGAUUGACUGUUUUCUGCUUUUACUUUGACUUGAAGUUUGUCUUGUUUGGAAAAGGAAAUCAUUUUACUA